AUGCUUUCACUUGUUGACAAGCCGAAAAGCUUUAUCACGACGAAACGGAAACGAGCGCAGGGAUCUAGUGAGGAGGACAACAUCAAUGUGCCUUGGUUCCACCAGCAAUACAUCCCUUUGGUGGCCCAAGGGGAGUUCCGCGUAUUCCUUACGCCAAAAGACAGCUCGGGUGUGGUCUUCCACUGGGUUCAUACUGCUGUUAACCGCGACAACCCAAAAGUGAAAGAUAUCGUUCUUGUUACCAAACCAUCCGGAGACGACAGCGAAGAGUUCACGGGAAAUAGUACAACUGAGGAGCAGCUCAAAAAAUUUGCACUCUACUACUACGAGAGGUUGCGGAAACUGCUACCGGGCAUGUCCUUCGACGAUGGCGUUCGCCUGGACCUUGGAGCUAGUGGGGAUGGGAGGCUUUGGGUCAUUGAAGUUACUCCAUGGUACUCGGUCCAUUACUUUUCAGAAACCAGUUUGCCUUGCCCAAAUACACAAGUCUGCAAGGCAUUCGCCACAUCUUUGGCACGUUCUUUGACACGUUCCAAAGUCACAAGUUUGUAA